UUAUUUUGGCACUUGACAUGAUAAACAGGAAGUGCGUUUACAGAAACACGACUCACCAGCUGUGAUGAUUGAGUAGGUUCAUAAUGAUUAGAGGCGUCUACAUCAUCGGGUUUGCACUUUUAGGUGUCACACAGGCACUACUAGAAAACCCAGAUGAUUGCUGUAGAAAAACACAGAAGAUGAACGAAACCUGUGUGAACAGCACACGUUGUGGGUGUGUCCAAGUUCAGGAGAACACCACUGUCCGGUGUGUGCAGUGUGACUCUUUGAAUCCAGAUCUGGAGAACUUGACACUGUGCAACACCACUUUCGAGCACACCUCAAUAUCCACAAAAAUAAAGAUAGGUGGUCCAGGUGUAGCAGCCUCUGUCCUUGUGGGCACUCUGCUGAUCAGUCUCCUCCUCAUUCUCUCUGUUGCCUCUUUCUUUUACCUAAAACGCUCUAACCGUCUCCCUGGGGUCUUCUACAGACGCAAAGCUUUCAUAUUUCAACCAAGUGAAACGGCUGUUAUGAUGCCUGCAGCAUCGUCCUCGGUGCGCAAGCCGAGAUAUGUCCGGAGAGAACGGCCCUCAGCGACCACAGCAGUGAGCAGUAGCACGGCCAUGCCCGUGGGACACGUAACAAAGGUGUACAAUGUAACUGUCCAGUAGAGAUAAGCUUCAGUUAAUGCAAGACCAUUUAGCAGAAGUAAUGUUUUUUAUUUUAUUUUAAGAAACACUGGGCUAUAGCGGUAUGGUUUUUGUAUCCUUUUUGUACACAAAUGUACAUUUUUCCUUGUUUGCACAACAAAAUACCUUUUUUCCUCCGAUUACUGUUUCUUAAAAGACGUGCAUUAUGAGAGUAUUUUUUUUUUUAUAUCAUAAUAUCAUAUUAUUAGUUAUUUUCGUAAAAUUGCAAAUAUUUACGUCAUACCUUUGGCCUUGAGUCUGAGAGUUCCUUAAAAAGUUUCUUAAAUAUUUGCACAUUGGUUGUUUUCUCUAUUUCUGGACCAAAUAGCAGCCAUCAUCUUUUAUGUAGUGUUUGACCGGCUUCAUUUAGAAUACACAGAUUAUACAUACUGUUAAAAAAAAAUCAUUGAUUCAUUUAGUGACUCAUGAUGAAUGUCAGCCUGAAGAUGCUGCCCAAAGUAUUCAGACAAUGUGUCAUUGCGUAAAUAUUAUACACUUGUAUAAAGGAUUGUGUGUUUUGGGGCUCAUUUAAAGCAUGAACUAAUAACAUAAGGGCACUCAAAAUUGACUUGAAAUGAUCCCCUUUGUUAAAGCACUAGACUUUAGCCAAAUAACAAGCUUGAAAAAACCAAUAGUUUACUUCGGUUUGCACUAUUAUAUAAAGUACAUUUACCUUCCCUGUUGGAUCAAACAAAGAGAGAAUUGACACUUUUUGUGUUUGUUACUUGGCCGCAGAAACACAGUGAAAGAUUUUGAAUGUCGUUUGUGGUGCUGUUUAUUUUUUGUACCACUGAAGUGCCAAAAGAGGCAAUAUACACUGUGUUGUUGUGGGUAAAGCCUUAAAAAGUUUGGAGAGAUCUAUUGGUAGUAUUACAAAUAUUUAUUAAAUAGAUCACAACAUUCAAGUAGUCAUUUCUGUAUUUGUUUUAUCCCCUUUUCUAGUUAGUUUUAUAUCUUCUAAUUGUGUUCUUUACGAUUUGAUUGAAGUCAUUAAAAUGAUAUAGUUUGCUGGUUUAAUACAAACAAAAACGAAUGAAAUUUUGUGGGACGUGUAGUAGCUGUUGUGAAUAUUAUCACUGAUUGUAAAUAACCUUAAAGUUUCUAAUACUGUUUUAUUAGCUGUUGUGCAGCGACUGGAAACCGUGUACAGGUUGUUUAUAUCGGAGGCAAAUAGAUCAAAUGCUGUAUUCUUUGUAUGUUGGUGAUCUACUUGUAAUAAAUGUUAAGUAUAAAUAUAUUU